AUGCAUCAACCAAGAUAUCGAUACGAUUACGAACAACCUCGGCGUUAUUUGUCCACUCCUGAUAUAUACAAAUACGGCUCGCAGCUACGAAUGUACCAGUCUGGCACAGUGAACUCGUCUCCUAUUAGUUACAGAGAACUGCAAGCAUGGAUAUUCCAAAAUAGAAGGAAUAAUAAUAACAAUACCAGAUCAUCUACCGGAAAUAUUAAUGCUGGCCAUGCGCAAGCGCCUUAUUAUAUCCUCCCAAAUCAGAGUGAAGAAAUUAAUUAUGGGCCCCAAUAUGACCAUCAAAGACGCCCAUCGCACAAAGAUUUGGUUCACUUGAAACAUUCUAAUAUUGAUAUCAACGAUGAGCGUUAUCGCGAACAGAUUCCUCAAAUGAAUCAGUUCAACACUACCUUAUCCUGUCAACAAAUUAGCAAACCUAAUCAACAAGGGCGAUUAACGUACAAAGAUUUACGUAAUCCUCAAGAUGACAAUAUCGAUUUGGGGUCGAGGCCCAUACCUGGAGGAUAUAAAAUAAACAGUUAUGAAUCGCAAUAUGAGAAGCCAAUGUUUUACGAGGAUUCGAUAAAGUAUCAGAAUGCAGUUACUGAAGAUAAAUCGUUCAGAGACGAUAGCGCUUUAUAUUCGCAAACAUACGGUCCUACUAAUCAAUCAUCUUCUCGAUCUUGGCUCACGAAUAAAUCAGAACCCAUUAGUUAUAGAAAACUUCAAUCCUGGUUGUUCAAAAAUAGAAAUGAUAAUAGCAGAUCAUCCACGGGGAAUAUAGAAAAAACGCAAACAUAUUUUAACGACGAAGGCAAUAAAAAUGUAACCAGGUCUCUGUCUGCAGGGCGACCCUUAUCACAAAGAGAAGCGGCCCAGGAGAUUAUGAACAAUAAUUUACGCGAUAAGCAAUUUAAUAAAUAUCAUCAACAGCAACGAGUAUUGCACAAAGAUUUGGGUAAAGUACGUGACACUAAUUAUAAAAGAGAGAGAAAUUUUCAAGAAAAUUUGUCUCAAAUGACUCCAAUACCUCCUGUAUCAUACAGAAAUGAAGAUAAAAAUAAGGAGACAAGUAAAUAUCGAAGGAUUAUAUAUAAUAGAGAACCGGUAAAUUUUCAAACUAGAACAUCUGAUACUAAGAAUGAUUAUGUUUUAUUGGCUAAUAAUAACUAUAUCCAACAAAAGGAAUCUGAAUGUGUGGACGUUUCGUCUCCUAAUAAUAGGAAGGAAUUACAAUCUUUAACCGGGAAUAUAGAUUUAAGCAUAACUGAUCAAUACGGUUAUAACGGAUUCGUUAGAAAAUACGAAAAUGAUAAUAAGAGACGUCCAUCACAUAGAGAAUUAGCGAAUCUUAGACCAUCGUACAUAGAAAAUAGAGAUAGAAAUUAUCACGAACAUUUACCUGAUUACACCUUAUCACAUGGACGAGUAUCCGAAGAUCAAAUGAAUCGACUGAACCAAUCAAGGCGUUUAUCUCAUAAGGAUUUGGCGCAACUUCGACAUACCGAUUUAGAGAUAAGAGAGAGAGAUUAUCAUGAACAUUUACCUCAGGUGAGCUUAUCAUCAACUCCCCUAGCUCACCGAUAUACUGAUGAUAUGAAUAUUAAUGUACAAUAUAAUAAAGGGCCGGCAUCUAAAAUUGAUAGAUAUGAUAAAUAUGCCCGAUCCCAAUCGGUUGAUAAACCAAAUGCGGGUAUUAAGGAUAUGCAAGCCUGGUUGUUUAAAAAUAGGAAUGAGGGUUAUAAUUAUCCAAUGGUAGAUACAAAUGUUAUUCCAACUGAACAAUAUGCCGGUGGAGAAAGACGCCCUUCUCAUAAAGAGUUGGCUCAUCUUAAACACUCAUUUAUAGAUAUCAAAGAUAAAGACUACCACGAACACGUACCUGAUUACACUUUAUCUCAUGCACCCGUUUCCGAAGAUCAAGUAAAUCGACGGAACCAACCAAGGCGUUUAUCGCAUAAAGAUUUGGCGCAACUUCGACAUACCGAUUUAUAUAUAAAGGAGAGAGAUUAUCAUGAACAUUUACCUCAGGUAAGCUUAUCACCAACUCCCCUACCUCACGGCAAUACUGAUGAAAUGAAUAUUAAUGUACAAUAUAAUAAAAGGGCAGCAUCCACUGUGUAUCCAAAUAAAACUGAUGAACAAAUUAGAGAUGAUUAUACGCGAUCCCAAUCCGUUGACAAAUCAAACGCUGAUAUUAAGGAAAUGCAAGCUUGGUUGUUUAAAAAUAGGAAGGAGAGUUAUAAAUCUUCUGAAAAUAUUAGUCCAACUGAACAAUAUGCCGGUGGAGAGAGACGCCCUUCUCAUAAAGAGUUGGCUCAUCUUAAACACUCAUUUAUAGAUAUCAAAGAUAAAGACUACCACGAACACCUACCUGAUUACACUUUAUCUCAUGCACCCAUUUCCGAGGAUCAAGUAAAUCGACGGAACCAACCAAGGCGUUUAUCGCAUAAAGAUUUGGCGCAACUUCGACAUACCGAUUUAUAUAUAAAGGAGAGAGAUUAUCAUGAACAUUUACCUCAGGUAAGCUUAUCACCAACUCCCCUACCUCACGGCUAUACUGAUGACAUGAAUAUUAAUGUACAAUAUAAUAAAAGGGCAGCAUCCACUGUGUAUCCAAAUAAAACUGAUGAACAAAUUAAAGAUGAUUAUACGCGAUCCCAAUCCGUUGACAAAUCAAACGCUGAUAUUAAGGAAAUGCAAGCUUGGUUGUUUAAAAAUAGGAAUGAGGGUUAUAAUUAUCCAAUGGUAGAUACAAAUGUUAUUCCAACUGAACAAUAUGCCGGUGGAGAAAGACGCCCUUCUCAUAAAGAGUUGGCUCAUCUUAAACACUCAUUUAUAGAUAUCAAAGAUAAAGACUACCACGAACACGUACCUGAUUACACUUUAUCUCAUGCACCCGUUUCCGAAGAUCAAGUAAAUCGACGGAACCAACCAAGGCGUUUAUCGCACAAGGAUAUGGCGCAACUUCGACAUACCGAUUUAGAAAUAAAAGAAAAAGAUUAUCAUGAACAUUUACCUCAGGUAAGCUUAUCACCAACUCCCCUACCUCACGGCUAUACUGAUGACAUGAAUAUUAAUGUACAAUAUAAUAAAAGGGCAGCAUCCACUGUGUAUCCAAAUAAAACUGAUGAACAAAUUAAAGAUGAUUAUACGCGAUCCCAAUCCGUUGACAAAUCAAACGCUGAUAUUAAGGAAAUGCAAGCUUGGUUGUUUAAAAAUAGGAAUGAGGGUUAUAAUUAUCCAAUGGUAGAUACAAAUGUUAUUCCAACUGAACAAUAUGCCGGUGGAGAAAGACGCCCUUCUCAUAAAGAGUUGGCUCAUCUUAAACACUCAUUUAUAGAUAUCAAAGAUAAAGACUACCACGAACACGUACCUGAUUAUACUUUAUCUCAUGCACCCGUUUCCGAAGAUCAAGUAAAUCGACCGAACCAACCAAGGCGUUUAUCGCAUAAAGAUUUGGCGCAACUUCGACAUACCGAUUUAUAUAUAAAGGAGAGAGAUUAUCAUGAACAUUUACCUCAGGUAAGCUUAUCACCAACUCCCCUACCUCACGGCUAUACUGAUGACAUGAAUAUUAAUGUACAAUAUAAUAAAAGGGCAGCAUCCACUGUGUAUCCAAAUAAAACUGAUGAACAAAUUAAAGAUGAUUAUACGCGAUCCCAAUCCGUUGACAAAUCAAACGCUGAUAUUAAGGAAAUGCAAGCUUGGUUGUUUAAAAAUAGGAAUGAGGGUUAUAAUUAUCCAAUGGUAGAUACAAAUGUUAUUCCAACUGAACAAUAUGCCGGUGGAGAAAGACGCCCUUCUCAUAAAGAGUUGGCUCAUCUUAAACACUCAUUUAUAGAUAUCAAAGAUAAAGACUACCACGAACACGUACCUGAUUACACUUUAUCUCAUGCACCCAUUUCCGAGGAUCAAGUAAAUCGACGGAACCAACCAAGGCGUUUAUCGCACAAGGAUAUGGCGCAACUUCGACAUACCGAUUUAUAUAUAAAGGAGAGAGAUUAUCAUGAACAUUUACCUCAGGUAAGCUUAUCACCAACUCCCCUACCUCACGGCUAUACUGAUGACAUGAAUAUUAAUGUACAAUAUAAUAAAAGGGCAGCAUCCACUGUGUAUCCAAAUAAAACUGAUGAACAAAUUAAAGAUGAUUAUACGCGAUCCCAAUCCGUUGACAAAUCAAACGCUGAUAUUAAGGAAAUGCAAGCUUGGUUGUUUAAAAAUAGGAAUGAGGGUUAUAAUUAUCCAAUGGUAGAUACAAAUGUUAUUCCAACUGAACAAUAUGCCGGUGGAGAAAGACGCCCUUCUCAUAAAGAGUUGGCUCAUCUUAAACACUCAUAUAUAGAUAUCAAAGAUAAAGACUACCACGAACACGUACCUGAUUACACUUUAUCUCAUGCACCCGUUUCCGUAGAUCAAGUAAAUCGACGGAACCAACCAAGGCGUUUAUCGCAUAAAGAUUUGGCGCAACUUCGACAUACCGAUUUAUAUAUAAAGGAGAGAGAUUAUCAUGAACAUUUACCUCAGGUAAGCUUAUCACCAACUCCCCUACCUCACGGCUAUACUGAUGACAUGAAUAUUAAUGUACAAUAUAAUAAAAGGGCAGCAUCCACUGUGUAUCCAAAUAAAACUGAUGAACAAAUUAAAGAUGAUUAUACGCGAUCCCAAUCCGUUGACAAAUCAAACGCUGAUAUUAAGGAAAUGCAAGCUUGGUUGUUUAAAAAUAGGAAUGAGGGUUAUAAUUAUCCAAUGGUAGAUACAAAUGUUAUUCCAACUGAACAAUAUGCCGGUGGAGAAAGACGCCCUUCUCAUAAAGAGUUGGCUCAUCUUAAACACUCAUUUAUAGAUAUCAAAGAUAAAGACUACCACGAACACGUACCUGAUUAUACUUUAUCUCAUGCACCCGUUUCCGAAGAUCAAGUAAAUCGACCGAACCAACCAAGGCGUUUAUCGCACAAGGAUAUGGCGCAACUUCGACAUACCGAUUUAGAAAUAAAAGAAAAAGAUUAUCAUGAACAUUUACCUCAAGUAAGCCUAUCAUCAACUCCACUACCUCACCGAUAUACUGAAGACAUUAAUCAAAAGAAGCCAGUUAAAACUGAUGAACAAAUUAGAGAUGAGUAUACGCGAUCCCAAUCCGUUGACAAAUCGAACGCUGAUAUUAAGGAAAUGCAAGCUUGGUUGUUUAAAAAUAGGAAAGAGAGUUAUAAAUCUUCUGAAAAUAUUAGUCCAACUGAACAAUAUGCCGGUGGAGAAAGACGCCCUUCUCAUAAAGAGUUGGCUCAUCUUAAACACGCAUUCAUUGAUAUCAAAGACAAAGAAUACCACGAACAUCUACCUGAUUACACUUUAUCUCAUGCACCCAUUUCCGAGGAUCAAGUAAAUCGACGGAACCAACCAAGGCGUUUAUCGCACAAGGAUAUGGCGCAACUUCGACAUACCGAUUUAGAAAUAAAGGAAAGAGAUUAUCAUGAAAAUUUACCUCAAGUAAGCCUAUCAUCAACUCCACUACCUCACCGAUAUACUGAAGACAUUAAUCAAAGUAAGCCAGUUAAAACUGAUGAACAAAUUAGAGAUGAUUAUACGCGAUCCCAACCCGUUGACAAAUCGAACGCUGAUAUUAAGGAAAUGCAAGCUUGGUUGUUUAAAGAUAGGAAGGAGAGUUAUAAAUCUUCUGAAAAUAUUAGUCCAACUGAACAAUAUGACGGUGGAGAAAGACGCCCUUCUCAUAAAGAGUUGGCUCAUCUUAAACACGCAUUCAUUGAUAUCAAAGACAAAGAAUACCACGAACAUCUACCUGAUUACACUUUAUCUCAUGCACCCAUUUCCGAGGAUCAAGUAAAUCGACGGAACCAACCAAGGCGUUUAUCGCACAAGGAUAUGGCGCAACUUCGACAUACCGAUUUAGAAAUAAAGGAAAGAGAUUAUCAUGAACAUUUACCUCAAGUAAGCCUAUCAUCAACUCCGCUACCUCACCGAUAUACUGAAGACAUUAAUCAAAAGAAGCCAGUUAAAACUGAUGAACAAAUUAGAGAUGAGUAUACGCGAUCCCAAUCCGUUGACAAAUCGAACGCUGAUAUUAAGGAAAUGCAAGCUUGGUUGUUUAAAAAUAGGAAGGAGAGUUAUAAAUCUUCUGAAAAUAUUAGUCCAACUGAACAAUAUGACGGUGGAGAAAGACGCCCUUCUCAUAAAGAGUUGGCUCAUCUUAAACACGCAUUCAUUGAUAUCAAAGACAAAGAAUACCACGAACAUCUACCUGAUUACACUUUAUCUCAUGCACCCAUUUCCGAGGAUCAAGUAAAUCGACGGAACCAACAAAGGCGUUUAUCGCACAAGGAUAUGGCGCAACUUCGACAUACCGAUUUAGAAAUAAAGGAAAGAGAUUAUCAUGAACAUUUACCUCUAGUAAGCCUAUCAUCAACUCCGCUACCUCACCGAUAUACAGAAGACAUUAAUCAAAAGAAGCCAGUUAAAACUGAUGAACAAAUUAGAGAUGAGUAUACGCGAUCCCAAUCCGUUGACAAAUCGAACGCUGAUAUUAAGGAAAUGCAAGCUUGGUUGUUUAAAAAUAGGAAGGAGAGUUAUAAAUCUUCUGAAAAUAUUAGUCCAACUGAACAAUAUGACGGUGGAGAAAGACGCCCUUCUCAUAAAGAGUUGGCUCAUCUUAAACACGCAUUCAUUGAUAUCAAAGACAAAGAAUACCACGAACAUCUACCUGAUUACACUUUAUCUCAUGCACCCAUUUCCGAGGAUCAAGUAAAUCGACGGAACCAACCAAGGCGUUUAUCGCACAAGGAUAUGGCGCAACUUCGACAUACCGAUUUAGAAAUAAAGGAAAGAGAUUAUCAUGAACAUUUACCUCAAGUAAGCCUAUCAUCAACUCCACUACCUCACCGAUAUACUGAAGACAUUAAUCAAAAGAAGCCAGUUAAAACUGAUGAACAAAUUAGAGAUGAUUAUAAGCGAUCCCAAUCCGUUGACAAAUCGAACGCUGAUAUUAAGGAAAUGCAAGCUUGGUUGUUUAAAAAUAGGAAGGAGAGUUAUAAAUCUUCUGAAAAUAUUAGUCCAACUGAACAAUAUGCCGGUGGAGAAAGACGCCCUUCUCAUAAAGAGUUGGCUCAUCUUAAACACGCAUUCAUUGAUAUCAAAGACAAAGAAUACCACGAACAUCUACCUGAUUACACUUUAUCUCAUGCACCCAUUUCUGAGGAUCAAGUAAAUCGACGGAACCAACCAAGGCGUUUAUCGCACAAGGAUAUGGCGCAACUUCGACAUACCGAUUUAGAAAUAAAGGAAAGAGAUUAUCAUGAACAUUUACCUCAAGUAAGCCUAUCAUCAACUCCACUACCUCACCGAUAUACUAAAGACAUAAGUUUUCAUGCACAAAAGAAGCCAGCUAAAACUGAUGAACAAAUUAGAGAUGAUUAUACGCGAUCCCAAUCCGUUGACAAAUCGAACGCUGAUAUUAAGGAAAUGCAAGCUUGGUUGUUUAAAAAUAGGAAGGAGAGUUAUAAAUCUUCUGAAAAUAUUAGUCCAACUGAACAAUAUGCCGGUGGAGAAAGACGCCCUUCUCAUAAAGAGUUGGCUCAUCUUAAACACGCAUUCAUUGAUAUCAAAGACAAAGAAUACCACGAACAUCUACCUGAUUACACUUUAUCUCAUGCACCCAUUUCCGAGGAUCAAGUAAAUCGACGGAACCAACCAAGGCGUUUAUCGCACAAGGAUAUGGCGCAACUUCGACAUACCGAUUUAGAAAUAAAGGAAAGAGAUUAUCAUGAACAUUUACCUCAAGUAAGCCUAUCAUCAACUCCACUACCUCACCGAUAUACUGAAGACAUAAGUUUUCAUGCACAAAAGAAGCCAGCUAAAACUGAUGAACAAAUUAGAGAUGAUUAUACGCGAUCCCAAUCCGUUGACAAAUCGAACGCUGAUAUUAAGGAAAUGCAAGCUUGGUUGUUUAAAAAUAGGAAGGAGAGUUAUAAAUCUUCUGAAAAUAUUAGUCCAACUGAACAAUAUGCCGGUGGAGAAAGACGCCCUUCUCAUAAAGAGUUGGCUCAUCUUAAACACGCAUUCAUUGAUAUCAAAGACAAAGAAUACCACGAACAUCUACCUGAUUACACUUUAUCUCAUGCACCCAUUUCCGAGGAUCAAGUAAAUCGACGGAACCAACCAAGGCGUUUAUCGCACAAGGAUAUGGCGCAACUUCGACAUACCGAUUUAGAAAUAAAGGAAAGAGAUUAUCAUGAACAUUUACCUCUAGUAAGCCUAUCAUCAACUCCGCUACCUCACCGAUAUACAGAAGACAUUAAUCAAAAGAAGCCAGUUAAAACUGAUGAACAAAUUAGAGAUGAGUAUACGCGAUCCCAAUCCGUUGACAAAUCGAACGCUGAUAUUAAGGAAAUGCAAGCUUGGUUGUUUAAAAAUAGGAAGGAGAGUUAUAAAUCUUCUGAAAAUAUUAGUCCAACUGAACGAUAUGCCGGUGGAGAAAGACGUCCUUCUCAUAAAGAGUUGGCUCAUCUUAAACACGCAUUCAUUGAUAUCAAAGACAAAGAAUACCACGAACACCUUCCUGAUUACACUUUAUCUCAUGCACCCAUUUCCGAGGAUCAAGUAAAUCGACGGAACCAACCAAGGCGUUUAUCGCACAAGGAUAUGGCGCAACUUCGACAUACCGAUUUAGAAAUAAAGGAAAGAGAUUAUCAUGAACAUUUACCUCAAGUAAGCCUAUCAUCAACUCCACUACCUCACCGAUAUACUGAAGACAUUAAUCAAAAGAAGCCAGUUAAAACUGAUGAACAAAUUAGAGAUGAUUAUACGCGAUCCCAACCCGUUGACAAAUCGAACGCUGAUAUUAAGGAAAUGCAAGCUUGGUUGUUUAAAAAUAGGAAGGAGAGUUAUAAAUCUUCUGAAAAUAUUAGUCCAACUGAACAAUAUGCCGGUGGAGAAAGACGCCCUUCUCAUAAAGAGUUGGCUCAUCUUAAACACGCAUUCAUUGAUAUCAAAGACAAAGAAUACCACGAACAUCUACCUGAUUACACUUUAUCUCAUGCACCCAUUUCCGAGGAUCAAGUAAAUCGACGGAACCAACCAAGGCGUUUAUCGCACAAGGAUAUGGCGCAACUUCGACAUACCGAUUUAGAAAUAAAGGAAAGAGAUUAUCAUGAGCAUUUACCUCAAGUAAGCCUAUCAUCAACUCCACUACCUCACCGAUAUACUGAAGACAUUAAUCAAAAGAAGCCAGUUAAAACUGAUGAACAAAUUAGAGAUGAUUAUACGCGAUCCCAAUCCGUUGACAAAUCGAACGCUGAUAUUAAGGAAAUGCAAGCUUGGUUGUUUAAAAAUAGGAAGGAGAGUUAUAAAUCUUCUGAAAAUAUUAGUCCAACUGAACAAUAUGCCGGUGGAGAAAGACGCCCUUCUCAUAAAGAGUUGGCUCAUCUUAAACACGCAUUCAUUGAUAUCAAAGACAAAGAAUACCACGAACAUCUACCUGAUUACACUUUAUCUCAUGCACCCAUUUCCGAGGAUCAAGUAAAUCGACGGAACCAACCAAGGCGUUUAUCGCACAAGGAUAUGGCGCAACUUCGACAUACCGAUUUAGAAAUAAAGGAAAGAGAUUAUCAUGAACAUUUACCUCAAGUAAGCCUAUCAUCAACUCCGCUACCUCACCGAUAUACUGAAGACAUUAAUCAAAAGAAGCCAGUUAAAACUGAUGAACAAAUUAGAGAUGAGUAUACGCGAUCCCAAUCCGUUGACAAAUCGAACGCUGAUAUUAAGGAAAUGCAAGCUUGGUUGUUUAAAAAUAGGAAGGAGAGUUAUAAAUCUUCUGAAAAUAUUAGUCCAACUGAACAAUAUGCCGGUGGAGAAAGACGCCCUUCUCAUAAAGAGUUGGCUCAUCUUAAACACGCAUUCAUUGAUAUCAAAGACAAAGAAUACCACGAACAUCUACCUGAUUACACUUUAUCUCAUGCACCCAUUUCCGAGGAUCAAGUAAAUCGACGGAACCAACGAAGGCGUUUAUCGCACAAGGAUAUGGCGCAACUUCGACAUACCGAUUUAGAAAUAAAGGAAAGAGAUUAUCAUGAACAUUUACCUCAAGUAAGCCUAUCAUCAACUCCACUACCUCACCGAUAUACUGAAGACAUUAAUCAAAAGAAGCCAGUUAAAACUGAUGAACAAAUUAGAGAUGAUUAUAAGCGAUCCCAAUCCGUUGACAAAUCGAACGCUGAUAUUAAGGAAAUGCAAGCUUGGUUGUUUAAAAAUAGGAAGGAGAGUUAUAAAUCUUCUGAAAAUAUUAGUCCAACUGAACAAUAUGCCGGUGGAGAAAGACGCCCUUCUCAUAAAGAGUUGGCUCAUCUUAAACACGCAUUCAUUGAUAUCAAAGACAAAGAAUACCACGAACAUCUACCUGAUUACACUUUAUCUCAUGCACCCAUUUCCGAGGAUCAAGUAAAUCGACGGAACCAACCAAGGCGUUUAUCGCACAAGGAUAUGGCGCAACUUCGACAUACCGAUUUAGAAAUAAAGGAAAGAGAUUAUCAUGAACAUUUACCUCAAGUAAGCCUAUCAUCAACUCCACUACCUCACCGAUAUACUGAAGACAUAAGUUUUCAUGCACAAAAGAAGCCAGCUAAAACUGAUGAACAAAUUAGAGAUGAUUAUACGCGAUCCCAAUCCGUUGACAAAUCGAACGCUGAUAUUAAGGAAAUGCAAGCUUGGUUGUUUAAAAAUAGGAAGGAGAGUUAUAAAUCUUCUGAAAAUAUUAGUCCAACUGAACAAUAUGCCGGUGGAGAAAGACGUCCUUCUCAUAAAGAGUUGGCUCAUCUUAAACACGCAUUCAUUGAUAUCAAAGAUAGAGAAUACCACGAACACCUUCCUGAUAACACUUUAUCUCAUGCACCCAUAUCCGAGGAUCAAGUAAAUCGAAGGAACCAGCCAAGGCGUUUAUCGCACAAGGAUAUGGCGCAACUUCGACAUACCGAUUUAGAAAUAAAGGAAAGAGAUUAUCAUGAACAUUUACCUCAGGUAAGCCUAUCAUCAACUCCACUACCUCACCGAUAUACUGAAGACAUUAAUCAAAAGAAGCCAGUUAAAACUGAUGAACAAAUUAGAGAUGAUUAUACGCGAUCCCAACCCGUUGACAAAUCGAACGCUGAUAUUAAGGAAAUGCAAGCUUGGUUUUUUAAAAAUAGGAAGGAAAGUUAUAAAUCUUCUGAAAAUAUUAGUCCAACUGAACAAUAUGCCGGUGGAGAAAGACGUCCUUCUCAUAAAGAGUUGGCUCAUCUUAAACACGCAUUCAUUGAUAUCAAAGAUAGAGAAUACCACGAACAUCUACCUGAUUACACUUUAUCUCAUGCACCCAUUUCCGAGGAUCAAGUAAAUCGACGGAACCAACCAAGGCGUUUAUCGCACAAGGAUAUGGCGCAACUUCGACAUACCGAUUUAGAAAUAAAGGAAAGAGAUUAUCAUGAACAUUUACCUCAAGUAAGCCUAUCAUCAACUCCACUACCUCACCGAUAUACUGAAGACAUAAGUUUUCAUGCACAAAAGAAGCCAGCUAAAACUGAUGAACAAAUUAGAGAUGAUUAUACGCGAUCCCAAUCCGUUGACAAAUCGAACGCUGAUAUUAAGGAAAUGCAAGCUUGGUUGUUUAAAAAUAGGAAGGAGAGUUAUAAAUCUUCUGAAAAUAUUAGUCCAACUGAACAAUAUGCCGGUGGAGAAAGACGUCCUUCUCAUAAAGAGUUGGCUCAUCUUAAACACGCAUUCAUUGAUAUCAAAGAUAGAGAAUACCACGAUCACCUUCCUGAUUACACUUUAUCUCAUGCACCCAUUUCCGAGGAUCAAGUAAAUCGACGGAACCAACCAAGGCGUUUAUCGCACAAGGAUAUGGCGCAACUUCGACAUACAGAUUUAGAAAUAAAGGAAAGAGAUUAUCAUGAACAUUUACCUCAAGUAAGCCUAUCAUCAACUCCACUACCUCACAGAUAUACUGAAGACAUAAGUUUUAAUGCACAAAAGAAGCCAGCUAAAACUGAUGAACAAAUUAGAGAUGAUUAUACGCGAACCCAAUUUUUUGACAAAUCAAACGCUGAUAUUAAGGAAAUGCAAGCUUGGUUGUUUAAAAAUAGGAAGGAGAGUUAUAAAUCUUCAGAAAAUAUUAGUCCAACUGAACAAUAUGCCGGUGGAGAAAGACGCCCUUCUCAGAAAGAGUUGGCACAUCUCAAACAUUCAUUUAUAGAUAUCAAAAAUAAAGAAUACCACGAACACCUACCUGAUUACACUUUAUCUCAUGCACCCAUUUCCGAGGAUCAAGUAAAUCGACGGAACCAACCUAGGCGUUUAUCGCACAAGGAUAUGGCGCAACUUCGACAUACCGAUUUAGAAAUAAAGGAGAGAGAUUAUCAUGAACAUUUACCUCAAGUAAGCUUAGCAUCAACUCCCCUACCUCACCGAUACACUGAAGACAUUAAUAUUAAUGCGCAAUAUAUUGAGAAGCCACCUAAAUCUGAUGAACAAAUUAAAGAUGAUUAUACGCGAUCCCAAACCGUUGACAAAUCAAACGCGGAUAUUAAGGAAAGGCAGUCUUGGUUGUUUAUAAAUAGAAAAGAGGGUUAUAAAUAUCCAAUGGUUGAUGAAAAUGAUGGGCACUCCCACCCCAAAAAUUUUUCGCAUAAAGAUAUAGUGAAACUUCGACACGACGACUUUUAUAUCAAGGAUAGUGAUUAUGUUAAACCCUUACCCGAUAUUAAUUUGGCAUCUACAUAUUUACCUGACGUCAAUUCAGAAACGACUCAUUCAUAUAAUUAUCGAAUAAAAAUACCGUCUACCAAAACAGAUAGUAAUAUUUUAGAUGUCCAUGUACACCAGAAACGUUUGCAACAUCCUACAGUGUCAACAUAUACCAUAACCCCUACCUCUCAGCAAUAUCCCAAUGCUGAUGCCGAAAGCAGUUUAAAAAUAUCCAACUCAACUUUGAAGAAUAAUAUGAAAUCAUCCGAUAUUUAUGAUCGCGGCUUGCAAUAUGAUGAGAGACACUCUCUCGAAAUUACUCACAAACUUCCCGAUGUUCAUGAUCGAGGUUUGCAAUAUGAUAGACAGUCUCUCGAAAUUACCCACAAACUUCCUCGUUUCCAAACUAAAAAUGCUACGCAAGUGUCGAACGUUAACUUUUUUCAACACGCCUCUAAUAAGAAUACCGAUACUUCAGCUUAUGAGGUGUCCGAUAAAACUAACACUCGGCCGCCUUUAUCUGGUCCGGACAACGACACGCGAAAAACUCAUAAAAUUACUUCUAAAUUUUCCAAUCAAAAAUACACAAUUCCCGAUAACGAACAUAUGGAACACCUUACACCAAUAACACACCACGGUCGAAUUUCCGGUCAAUUAGAUUACCAAGUCAUUGGGGAUCGCAGAGAAUAUAAUCCUCAAUCGUAUUCAGCUACCCGUGACUAUAAAAACAACAAUCAACAAAAUAUUCAACAUGAAACCAAUCGACAAAUCAUUUAUAACCAAUCUCCCCCUUACAAUAACGCACCGGAUUCCCUUCACGGUCAAUUUAAUAGAUCACAAAACCAAAACUAUUAUAAAUCGGCGGCUAAUACCGUGUAUAAUCAAGUCGGCGAUAAAUCAUCAGCAUCAUCAUUUGAUGACCAAAAUGAUAUUCAACGGCGUAAUUAUUACUUAGACAUUAAUAACAAACCUACGUAUAUUGACGAUAAGAGUAAUGAUUUCCAGGUAAGGGGACAAAAGUUUACUCAACGAAUUGACAAUGAAAGACCCGCCUACUUUGAACGGCAGAGUAGGCUUUCUCAAGAUACAAACAUAGGUAUAUAUGGAAAUAAUCAAAUUAAUCGGGGUACGCAAAGAGGUAGUGCCCCUGUUAGGAUCGUCCCUGCACCGCCUCCUCCAAGGUCCGUUAAAGACAUUAAUAUCCAAGGUAAGAAGGAGUUUUCAUCCACCACCUCAAAUCUUGUUAAUGAGCGCAAAUCCUUGCCAUUCUUAGAUCAAAUUAGAUCUUUAGGAUCUCCUAGCAAAGUUUUAGACACCCUGCACAAAAGCAGUAGGGGAGAGAAUAUAAAUAGAUCGGGCAAAAGUUCUACUCAAAAUACGCAGUAUUCCGCUGGUACCGAAUCUGGUCAGACUCGAGCUCUUUCGGUUACCGCUGAUGUGCAUUACGAUAAGCAGUUUAAUCCCUAUCACGCUGACAUCCGCUCUAGCAGACUGGGAUACGGUGACAGUGACACUGUCGAAGUACACGAAACCCACAGUAAAGAGAAUCACCCUCGUAAAACCUCGAACGUAUAUGCCAAUUUUGUUUACCAUAGACCCUCCCAGGACGCUACAAAGAUUCAUGGCGCUUACACGAACGAAGGCAUAAACAUCAGAGAUGAAGGGGGUGACGAGAUAAUAGUUUACCCCAAAGAAAAUAGUUCCCACACAAAUGAUUAUAAAAAGGAUGUAACCCAACACUAAAUCACACCAAAUUUAUUCGAUAAAAUUUAUGACUUUAUACAUUAUCAUUGUAAAUAUUCUCUGUCCGAUAUAUUGCGAAAAAUAGAUUACAUUAUAUAUAUAUUAUUUAAAUUAAAUGCAUUGUUAAUUCUACUUAUUUAUAUUAAAUGCAAUGUUAAUUUAUGACAUGGCCCUCUAUAAUUCCUAUUUAAUUCCUAUUUAAUUCCUAUUUAUUGAUCCCGAACUAUUUCGAACCCAUUUGUAUGAGUAAAAAUUAAUUAAUUAACCUAUAAAAUUAAAAAUCUAUUUUUUUAACCACUAAUAUAUAUAAUAAAUUAAAUUAAUGUUAAAAAAAACCAUAAUUAAAAAAAUAUAUAUAUAUAUUAUAUUUCUUUUGUUG